AUGGAGAACGUUCUUGACGAUAUCUCUCAUCGGAGAUAUAACCCUUUGCGCGGUUCUCAUAUUCUGGUUUCUCCCCACCGAACCAAGCGCCCUUGGCAAGGAGCACAGGAAAGCCCCUCAAAAACUACACUGCCCUCAUACGAUCCUAAGUGCUACCUGUGCCCCGGAAACCAGCGCGCCCAGGGUGACGUCAAUCCCAAGUACGAGAGCACUUUUGUCUUUGUCAACGACUAUAGCGCUGUGAAAGAAGAACAGGCUGCAUAUGAUGCUAGCCAGGAUGAUGAACUCGAAUCGCGUUUCCUCAAGGCCGAGCCAGUGACCGGAAAAUGCUACGUCCUGACCUUCUCAGCGGCUCACAACCUCACCCUAGCCGACUUGGCUCCUAUCGAAAUUGUUCCGGUCAUUAAUGCCUGGACAGAGAUCUAUACCGCGCAUUUGUCGCCCACCUCACCUCUGGCUCAGAAUGCCCCGCCCACUCACAUUGCGCCCGCUGCAUCACACUCAAAUGUCACCAAGCCCAAGGAGCAGUACCGCUAUAUGCAAAUCUUUGAGAAUAAGGGCGCUGCUAUGGGUUGCUCCAAUCCUCACCCCCAUGGUCAGGUCUGGACGACUAGCACCUUGCCCGAGGAACCCGCUGCUGAGCUAGAGCAAUUGCGCCGAUACCGUCAGGAACACGGCGGUGCCCACUUGUUGGAGGAUUAUGCCGCGCUGGAGAGUCGCAAGGGAGAGCGUAUUGUCUUCGAGAAUGAAGCGUUCGUUGUAGUUUGUCCCUGGUGGGCGACUUGGCCCUUUGAGACUAUGAUUGUCAGCCGUACGCACAAGCGUGCGCUGGUCGAUCUGAGUGAGUCGGAUAAGACUCUCCUAGCGGAGGCGAUUGCCGAGACCACUCGUCGCUAUGAUAACCUUUUCGAGACUCAUUUCCCAUACAGCAUGGGUAUUCACCAGGCGCCGCUUGAUGGUACUGCUGAGGAGAUCGAGGCAUCUUAUCUACACCUUCACUUCUACCCGCCACUUCUGCGUAGUGCUACUGUGCGCAAGUUCCUUGUUGGGUACGAGCUUAUGGCGGAGCCCCAGCGUGAUAUCACACCUGAGCAGGCUGCUGCUCGGUUACGCGGCUGCGGUGGUGAGCUGUACCGCAAGAAGAUGGAGUAG